GGCUGGUCUUCUUCCUUCCUUUCUCAUAAGCGUGAUCAGUCACUGACAACAUAUGCUAAAGUGUUGAAGGGCUGAAUUGGUUCACUAAUCUUUCAUCUUCAGAUCGAAAAUGUGCAUGCACACAAUGAUUCUACUGGGUUUAGUGUGGUUUAGUCUGCCACUUCUUGUGGCCCUUGCCUCACCAACCCCUGCUUCGAAUGAUGAGAGAGGCCCAUGUCAAAUCUACAACUCUGGUCGCUCCGCAAACUGCCUUGGUCAGCAACUGGAUCAUGUUCCAUGGAAGCACCUUCCUUCCACGCUUGAAAGUAUAGAUCUCUCCUACAAUGAAAUUCAUGCCAUUCGUGUUAAUUACUUUUCUCGCCUACCUCAUCUUCGUGUCCUCGAGCUGCAGUUCAACAACAUCUCUGUGAUUGAGGACCGUGCCUUCCACAACAACCCCCUCCUGGAGCAUCUUAACAUCUUUAACAACUCCCUAGAGGAAAUCCCUGCCAACGCCUUGCAGGACCUCUUCAAUCUAAGGGAACUCCUUAUGUCGAAUAACCUUUACACCCAGGCCACAUUGUCAGCUGACGUUUUCUCCAGAUUGACCCACCUCAAGGCCCUGUCCAUGGGCGGCCCCUUGGUCAAGGGUCUAAGGAAAGGGGACUUCCAGGCAUUGAGGAACAUUCAGUUGCAGGACUUUGCCAUUAAAACUUCAUCAAAUAUCAGUUACUAUGAGCCGGGUAGUCUGAAGGUAAUCCAGACAGGUAGAAUGGGUUUUGACAUGGCCAUAGAUCAGAAGCCGAAUUUCCUACCUUUGAUUCUACGAGACUUGGCCAACAAGACUUUCAGUCUCAUCCAAUUCAGGAACCUCUUUGAGUUCAUGUAUUACAUGGGAGAUGAGGAUAUUUUCAGAGGUUUGCAAGACAUCAAAGUAGAUUCGCUCAUCUUUCACCGUGGAAAAUUCAAUGAGAACCUUAUGAGGAUGGCCCUGUUUAAUCUACAGGUCACCCCCCUUAAACGUCUGACACUUCAAUACAUUGACUUUGCUCGCUCGCCCAACUUUCUGGAUAAUGGCUUGGGAUCCAGUAUCAAAGACCUUGCACUGAGUAGACUAAAUUUGUGGCACAUCAGUAAUCCAGACAUUUUGCGAUUUGACUGGCGCUUCACAUGGUUCAACAAAGUCCGACUGCUGUCCAUCCAGAAUGUCAACUUCAACUCUGUGCCUUGCGAUGCCUGGCUUAAUAUGGAAGACAUGGAGGUUUUGGACAUCUCAAACAACCGCCUGCAGGACAACAUCCUCUUCAACCAGAGAUGUGACUACAGGGGCACCAUGCCGGCUCUUCGUUCCUUCAAUGUCAGCACCAACCAACUGACCAGCCUUCAGGACUUAGCCUCCCUGACCAGGGAGUUCAAACAGUUGAAGGUCCUGGAUGUCAGCCACAACAUGCUGGGCUCUGCUGAGAAGAGUCGCAACUGUAACUGGAUGCAGAACAUCACCCAGGUGAUCGCUCACCACAACCGAUUCGAAAGUGGUGUCUUCCAGUGUCUGCCCACCACAGUACAAUUCCUGGACCUCUCGUACUGUGACCUGGACCAGCUGGACAUGGCCUACUUCCAACAAACCAUCAGCCUCAAGGAGCUCCUGCUCAAUGGGAACAAGAUCAAGUUCAUCCCCUCUGGGUGGAGAAGUCACUCCUUGCAGUCACUGGCUCUGGAUGGGAACUCCUUUGGGCUCAUCAGCAUGGGCUCCUUCCAGGACAUGCCCCAGCUGUCUCGACUGACGUUGGGGAACAACCCAUUCCACUGCACCUGCGACCUCCAUGCCUUCAUCCAGCAUACAAUUUCCAAGGGGAAGGUCAACAUCAGCGACUGGCCAGAGAACUACAAGUGUUACCAUCCAGAGGCCCUGCUCAAUACCGCUGUGGCAAAUUUCUUCCCGGGUCACGUGGCCUGCGAUAUCAGACUGGUCAUCAUCAUCUGUGUGGCUACUACUGCAGCUGUGGUUUUAGUGUUGAUGCUUAUAUGCUACAUAUUCAAUGUUCCCUGGUACAUCAAAGCCACAUAUCAGAUCCUCAGAGCCAAAUACAGGGCUCAUCAGGAAGGAGCAUCUGGAAAAUCACAGAUCUAUGUUUACCAUGCCUUUAUCUCCUACAGCCACCCAGAUGCAGACUGGGUCAGGGACCAGUUGUUGCCCUGCUUGGAGAACAGCAAGCCCCCCUACCGACUCUGUAUCCAUGAGAGAGACUUCAUGCCAGGAAAGUGGAUCAUCGACAACAUAAUUGAAAAUAUUGAGAGCAGCGAAAAGGUCAUAUUUGUGUUGUCACACCACUUUGUGAACAGCGAUUGGUGCAACUACGAGCUCUACUUUGCCCAGCAAAGAGCCAUCGGCAAGACCUUCAGCGAUGUUAUUCUGGUGGUGAAAGAGCCCAUCGACCCUGAAUCUCUGCCCAGCAAGUAUUGUAAGCUCAAGAAGAUGCUGUACACCAAAACGUACCUAGAGUGGCCCCAGCAAGCCAAGCAGCAGACCUUCUUCUGGGCUCAACUUAGGAGCUGCCUGGGCAAGCCCACAGUGACUAAAGAGCAGGCUCUUAGUGGUAGGAGCAGCAGUGUAUCCUCAGUGGGUGCUGUGCCUGUGAUAGAGCUCCCUCUAGAGGAUGGGAAACCAGCGAUAGCUAUGCCAAAUUUAGACAGAGAAGCAGAGCUCCACAAAGUAGUUCCUCUGGAGAUCGAAAAUCUUUCAGUGAGAAGUGCAGAGUUUUAUGGGCAAAGACCAAUCCCUGUAGCCGUGGCAUCAGACAAAAUAAGCCAAGCAUGUAGCUUGUAAUGUGUAUAGUGUUCCAAUCUCUCUCUGAAGUGCUGAGCUUGAGUGACUUCUUGGCCAUGCUGUAGCAGAUAAUGUGUUUGCUAAGCUGCUGGUAGCAUUAGCAAGUGUUUCAUAAUGAUGUCAGUGAAUAACAUGAUCUGUCUGCCACCCACCCUUCUGACAUGUACAGUGCUUACUCCCCCUUGAACUCUUUACAUUUUGUUGUGUUACAAAGUGGGAUUGAAAUAGAUUACAUUUUUGUGUCAUUGAUCGACACAAAAUACUCCAUAAUGUCAAAGAGAAAAAAAUAAUAAUAACAGAAGUAUAGGUAUUUAUUUAUAAGCACAAGUAUUCAGAAGUAAAAACUGGCUGAACAAAUCACAUAAUUUUUAAACCUUUAUUUAACUAGGCAAGUCAGUUAAGAACAAAUUCUUAUUUUCAAUGAUGGCCUAGAUCUGGGG